AUGGACACUCAACCGUUUGCCGCGCAACGCUUCAGGGAGGACGGCAAAGUCCACAUCCUGGUGGCUGUCUCCGGGUCUGUCGCCACCAUCAAACUGCCCAAUAUCACGGCGGCACUCUGUCAGAAUGAGAGGGUUUCAGUCCGCAUCAUAGUCACGGAGGCCUCGGAGAAUUUUCUCAUGAAUCAGAGCUCAGAGCAACCAAUCCUUGACUCCCUGCUGCAAAUAGAAGGGGUGGACGGAAUCCAUCGUGACCGGGACGAAUGGUCCCCGCCAUGGACGCGCGGGGGACCGGUUCUCCACAUUGAGCUGCGCAAAUGGGCACAUCUUCUGCUGGUUGCCCCCAUGUCGGCCAACACCAUGGCGAAGAUGGUAAAUGGGAUUGCUGACAACCUGCUGCUCUCGACUAUCAGGGCCUGGGACACGACGGGGCUAGUAGACAAGGAAUUCAAGAAUUUGACGCCAAGGAUAUUUGUGGCGCCAAGUAUGAACACGGCAAUGAUGAUUCAUCCCGUGACCGAGAAGCAAUUGAAGGUUCUACGGGAUGAAUGGGGAUGGAGCGAAUCGAAUCCGCAAGGAUGGGUGACUGUCUUGCCUCCCAUUGAAAAGAAUCUCGCCUGCGGAGACGUGGGAAGCGGAGGCAUGAUGGAGUGGAAAGAUAUUGUCAGGGUCAUCCAGGAUUAUAUACAAUGGGCGCAGAUGCCCUAG